AUGCCUAGUAAAGUAAACCUCAUCUACGAGGGAGAAAAGGAGCUGUUGGACAUUAUCUGGACUGUGACUAACGUCUUCUCUCCCUGCGCCAAAAUACUGUCUGAUUACUUCAAACUACUGGAUGUCCACAACAGGAACACUCUGAAUGACAUCCAGUUCUACCACUUCAUGCACCAUGUGACUGACCUGAAGAAGAAUGAGAUCAUGAUGACCUUUGACAUGUUAGACUGGAAUUCCAGCGGAGAAAUCGGCUUCGAACAGUUCUACAUGCUGGUCUGCAUCCUGCUCUGCAGCGAGUACCACGUGGAGAAUAACUUUCGCUUCCGUCACUCCAGGCCGGUGUUUGAAUUGUUGGACAUGGACGGAGGUCGCACCAUCAGCCCCGUCGAGUUCCAGGCCUCUGGCUUCCUGUUCAACCUCAAGGUACACGCCCUCGAUAAGAUCUUCUACGAGUUCGACGUCUCCGGAGACGAGGUACACUGA